GCAAUCAAUGAAAGGACGGCAUGGAUUGACAUUAAAUAAAUUAGAGGAGGAUCGUGAAUUAAGCGGAGAAUUUAAAAGAUUCUUAGAAUAUAAUCAACAUUCAAUCGAGAACUUAAAUUUCAUCCUUUGGUUCAAAGCUUAUAAACAACGAUUUAAUGAGUUGCAGCAAUCUGAGCAGGAUAAAUCUAUCAGUCCAAAGUCAAAAUCGAAAAAGAAGCAUAAAAUUGGUAGUCCACCCCCUGAGCAACCGUUUAGACCGGAAAUUGAUCAAGUGAUAACCAUUUAUUUCGAUAAAGCAUCACAUUUCGAGCUGAACUUACCUGAAGACAUACAAAAAGCCGUUAUAGAUCUAGCAAACCUUUCAACACAUCCGGAUUGCUUUCUAAAAGCAUAUGAUCACGUUCACUACCUCAUCGAAUCGUCCUCUAUACCAGAAUUUCUGAAUCACAAGUAUCCGCAAACUUCAAAACCAUCUUCUAGUAGCAAAUUCAAGCAAUUUUUUAGAUCAUUAUAGACUCAAUUAUAGAUUAUUGCAAAGUUAUAAGUACAAAAUUAA